CCUGAUUCCUGGGACCUUGGAAGCAGUUGGGUGAAAAGAGUGCUUAUAGUGGACGACCCCUCUUUUAUGACCAAAUCCCUCCCACUUUUUUGUUAAACGGCCCCUGAAUCCGCCACUUCUCUUGCAAGGGUUAGUGAGAUACAAUCGUUCACAAACAUAAUAUAGGCCUAGUUAUUCCUCUCAAAUUACUAAAACCACCAUCAUAAUUCACGGCCUUUAUUUUUUAUGAUCAUUGAGCGAUAUUCAUUGCAUGUAUUGCGGACUCUGGUAACAGGCUAUUCGUGAUUGCGAGCAUUUUGGGAAACGAAUGCAGAUUAUGUUGUUUGAGUUUCCACUCACCUGGCAUGCCUUUGCAAACUGCAUCUUCGCAUCUUCCUAGUUCCUACUGUACUGCAGAUAAGUUACUCACGGUGCCUCGAUAAUUAUCCACUUAAGAAUUAAAACAAAAUCAUUUUCAAUUUUCAAUCAGUACACGCUGACAUCGAGCGGUACAAGCACAGGUAUUUUUUUGUCUAUAUGCAAUAUGGAACUAUUUGGAAUAAACCUGACAGCUGGUCGAGAUACAUUCAUUCCCGGAGAUGUCGUCAGUGGAGAGGUGAUCAUUCAAUCAAGCAAGAAUGAAAUCAUUCAAGGAUUGGUGGUGACAAUCUGUGGUCAAGCCCAUGUGGAGUGGAAGAAGUGCUUUACGAAGUACCAAGAAACGCAACCUUAUUUCAAUGUAAAGAAGACAUUAACAGAUUUGACGUCAUCUAGAAAGGAAAGAAAACUUUCACGACACGUUCCGUUGGUGAGGUACUUCGAGUUGGACGUACCAGAGGGCACUUUUCCUCCCAGCUUCCAAAGCGACCAUGGGUAUAUUCAUUAUGACGUCAACGUAACUUUGACUCUGAAGGGCGGAAAAGAAUGUGUUGUAUCACGACCUUUCAAUAUCAUCAAUAUGACGUCACGAGGAACGCACUCUGGAUAUCGUCAGAAUUCAUGUAAACAGCUUUCGUCAUCAACAACAAGAUCGACCCUUCCGUGGACGCGAGGACGUGUCCAUGCCCAUAUCCAGCCACACGAGGGCGAUAUGUCGCUUGUAAAGAUCCAGAUUGAGUGCUUACCCGACUUGUACUGCCAAGAUGAGAUCGAUUUGAUCCAGCGGAUAGAUUACAGAGUAGACGAAGCAAAGGAGUUCUGCAAAUACUCGUCCAUUGCAUGCAAGGAGGUCAGAAGACAUGAUAACAUCACUGAACUCAUCAUCUCAAAGAUCGAGGUACCAAUCGUAAAUCAUUGCCGGCUUAUCUCUGUCAGAUACUAUCUAAAGAAACUUUCGAUCAACCAUGACAUGUCAUGGCUGCCGCUGAGCUGGCAAAAGGGCCCGGAAAUCCUGAUCACAAAAUAUUUGCACAGAUAAAAACGAAGUUGUUGCUGUCUAUAAAAUGGCAAUCGACAUGUACGUUAUCUGCCAAACCAAUUAUUAACAAGAAUUCCAUAUGCAAUGUGUAGACAUGGUGAUUUAUGUUUGUUCGGCUUUUUUUUUGCUCUGUCUUACUAAGGUAGCAUGGCUACAGUAAUCACUAACAAAGGGGCGGUGACAAAGUAUGUGAAGAUAAAGGGAAGAGGAGGGAAGAAGAAGAAGAAAGAGAAGUAUAAACAAAGAGAUGCCUGGGUCUUCCAACUUUAUCAUUUAUAUCAUUUUAGAUUAUAAUUCAAUGAUAUUAUUCAAAUCUAUAGUCUACCUCACUUCUGAAUCAUGUCGACCCCCUCCCCAACACCACCCCCUUCAGAAUAUCAUUAUGCCGCCCCUGUAAAAAUGCAAAAAUAGAUAUAAUAAGGUAAGAGGAAGAUUCGCAAGCCUGCUGGAUAGAUUUAGCUAAUCU